AUGGCAACGGAAAUGCAGUCGUUCUACACCCCCUCCACCUCCACACAUAUCUCGUCGCAUGCGCCGGCUGCAGUGGAUGAGCUGAUCAACAAAUACUCUUCCACCAUGACGAACUCCCCUUGUUCGAGUCAUUUGUCCAUGAAGCACCCCCGGCGCAACAUCUUGCAGCGAUCUGUCGACCGUAUCCGGCUGGAAUACUACCGCUACGAGGUUACAUUUGGACUCUAUGUGAUGACGCCAGGGGAGAAGCUGGUGGCCAACACCUUCGUGAUGGUCGUCUUGUCCUUGCUGUUCUGGGCACUGCUGGUUUAUUUCCCCGCGUUGCUGUACCAGAAGCUUAGCCGUCUCGUAUGGCUGUUGACCGGACACAGCAGCGAGGAAAUGGGUGCAGCCUUGGGCAUCCUCGACUCGCACGUCAACUCGAUAUCCACGCCCUCCACCUAA